CUUUUUGUAUCGCACUUUCCAGUGUUAGAAUUAUUAGAGACCGCAUUAGAUAACUUCAGAAUUGAUCCGCAUUUAAUUCGUCCACUUCACGGAAUUCGAACGACAGUCCGGCCUUUGAUUAUAUCCGAUGUUCCAUGCGCUGUUGCUAAUCUUUUUAAUCGGCGUUAACCGUAAAUGUAUUGGUAGUCUAAUAGCAAUUUUCAACCUUUUUUAUUUUGCGAUAUAUUUACAUCGUUUAUUUCAUUCCUACGGAAUAUCAAAAAAUAUUCUGAUAAUUUUAUAGUUCAAUGACUGCCUUCAAUGUGUUUAUUUAAAAGAAGCUAUAGUUCAUGAUUAAAAAGACCUAUAAAUUGUGGGAGCUUGAACAAAUAAUGCACAUUUGUUUAGUCUUUGAAGAAACAUAAAUAUCGAAAAUUCUUUGCAAUUCUUAUGAAAUAGUCUACGUAUCUCGAUAAUUUUGAAAUAUGUUAUAAAAGACGAAACUUUGAAUCCAUACAUAUAAUCAUCAAAAACUGUCAUUCUAGUCUUUUUUACCUUUUAAAACUACGAUGACAGUUAUUAACGGUUAUCAUAUGACACAUGUGACACAUAACCUUUUUUACCACUCAUAAUACACGCGAUUGCCGCUCGUUAGUUGCAUCGUUUGUAGAAAAUUCGUUGAUGUUUUCACUCCGCUGUUUUAAUAGGAGGUUUAAUAAUUAAUCACCAAUAAUGGCCGAAACGUCGUUUCCUAAAUCAACGAAUGAUUCUCAGUUUGUUCGAAACGAACCUAUAAAUUACACAGCUGAGAUCCGACAAAUGAUGCAUGGAUUUGGAGACAGUGGCGAACCAUUGGUGGAGUCUGUAAAAAUUGUGGAAGAAGUUGUCUUGCAGCAAAUGAGAACGAUCGUGAAGAAGGCGUGCGAAGUUUCUUACAGAUCUGAAAAUCCAAAGAAAGGUUCUUGCAUCUCUGCGGAAGAUUUCAUUUUCUUGUUGCGCAAGGAUAAGAUGAAAUUACAGAGGUUGAUAAGAUAUAUGGAAUUGAAAGACUACAAGUCCUCCUUGCACAAAGCAUUGGAAAGCGAUUUACCCGAGGACAUUAUGAACAACGAACAUUUAAGGAAUUCUAAGCACAGAGGACCGUUUCAUACUUUUCUUAGCCAAAUCGACAAUACCGGCGAGCUCCUCGAAGACGCGUCGACCGUAGACGAAAUCAAGCAACAAAGAUGCAUUCGCGCCGAAAUUAUGACGCGAUCCAUGGACGAAGCUAGAUACCUAAAAUUCAGUAAAGCGCGCAACGCAUCAUUUUCGAAUAAAAAUCGUCAUAAAUUUAGCGACUGGCUGUUACCAGACAGCGAUAUAAUGAUAACUAAAGAAGGGUACACGAUUUUAGGAUAUUUAGCGUAUGAAACGGUAGCACAAAUUGUAGAUUUAGCGUUGUUAGUGAGGCAAGACCAAAAUAAGAUCCAUGGAGACGCUAUAGAUCGGCUUAGGCUUAGUUACGUGAAUCCAUGUACCUACAAACCUUACUAUCACGGCAAGGUUGCCGUAACAAAACCGAUAACACCUGCAGAAAUAAUUGAAGCCCUCAGGCGAUACUGGUCACCACAAUUAGACAUGACAGGUCCAUUCAAUCGUUGGUCAAUGAAAAAGCCACAUUUAAAGCUCCUCUGCUGUUAGAUUACAAACGGGUAAGAAUGAAUUUCAUAACACGCGCAAGAUGCAUAAUUUAUUAUCGAACGUAAAGAAAAUAAGAUCUGAAUAGCUUUCGAACAUUUUACGGUAAGAUUAAU